ACAAAGUGCGUGCGCGAGUAUCGUGGUGCGUUUUCUCGGCCAAGGUUACCGGCGGGUUUUGUGUUUCAUAGUGCUGCGAUUGCACGGCCUCACGCCUCAGUAGCUCACGAUUAGAAGCACGCGAACCACGUGUGCCAUUUUCGACCACCGUGCUGUGAACGUACAACAAUUAGUGCGCGUUAUAGUCGAAUCAUUUUCACAGCCUUCUGCGAGAAUGCUUCUUUCCCGUGCUGUGGCUUCAGCCGCACGGCUGUCGCUGAACCGUUUAGCCACCAUCAAGACGCACGGAGCAACUGCUAGUUACGAUCCUAGCAACCUUUGCCACCCCACAAACCGUUUCGCCCGGCGAGUUAGUUCUGGGACGGUGGUACGCGAAGCAUCUUCGACUCCUCUGUCUUCGCCCAAUAAUCGGCACCAGCGGCUGGGGGCAAAGUCCACCAUCAAUUCGGAAGAUUCACCUGAUCCCAGUGGGGGGGUCUCGCGGACGGUGCCAGGUUCGCGCCCCUCUUUGGCGUCAUCGUUCGCGUGCCGGCGACUGAUAAGCGAAGCGCACGUCACGGAAGACCGGUCGAGGGUGCUGUUGGAGGUGGUGCUGCCACCGGGUGACACGCCCGAUCCGUCGGUCGACCGGUUUGAGUAUCCCGCCGUUUGGUUGCGGGACAACUGUCAGUGCGAAGCCUGCUUUCACGGUGGUUCUUCGAGCCGCGUCCUCGACUGGCAAACGUUCGUCGUGGAUCGGGUGCGGAUUGCCACCGCACAGCCGGUGGACGGUGGCCAAUCGUUGGAAAUCACGUGGAGCGGUGGCCACCGAUCGGUGUUCAGUACCGGCUGGUUGUUGGAGCGCAGCUUCCGGCGGGAAGACGCGGAAGCGUAUCUGGAGGAAUGGUACCGGCCAUCGCCGGUUCUCUGGGGAGCGGCCGAUUUCGGGGCGGUGAUGCAAGAGUUUGCGUUCGCCGACGUGCUCCACGAGGACGCAGCAACGAGACAGUGGAUCGAAGCGCUCAUCCGGUACGGGGUGGUCAUGAUCAAGGGUGCCCCCCUGACGGAGCACGAGUGUCGCCGGUUGGCCAACCGCGUGGGAUUCAUACGCAAAACGCAUUACGGCGAGGAGUUUAUCGUGAAGGCCAAGGAGGGAACGAGCAACGUGGCGUACCUAUCGACGCCGCUCCAGAUGCACACGGAUCUGCCGUACUACGAUUACAAGCCGGGUUGCAAUCUGUUGCACUGCCUGGUCCAAUCGACCGACACCACCGGUGGCGGUGCGAACCUGAUCGCGGACGGGUUCUUCGUCGCGGACCGACUCCGGCGCGAACACCCGGACGCGUUCCGGUUGCUCAGCGAAACCCUGGUCAACUGGUCCGACGUCGGACAGGACGAAGGAGGGCGCUUCCACAGUAUCUACCGGGCUCCGGUCAUCUGCCUUGGGCGUGACGGACGGUUGGAGCGGAUUAACCACAGUGUCCCCCAGCGGGACAGCCACUUCUGUGUGGCGUCGCUCGAUCACGUCGAUCGCUGGUACCGGGCCAUGCAACGGUUCGUGAGCGUCCUGCACCAGGAGGCCGUACAAUUUCGGACAGCACCAGGCGACAUCCUUACCUUUAGCAACGUACGGGCAGUGCACGGCCGCACCGGAUACACCGAUACGGCGCAAAGCUCACGGCACAUCGUCGGAGCGUACCUCGAUUGGGACGAAAUCUACUCGAAGCUACGGGUCCUGAAGGGUCCGGCAGCGAAAUAA